CUGGAGGACACCAGCGCAGAGUAGGCGUUAUGUCGAGUACGUGCCGAGUCAAAAUGGUCACAGCACACCAAGAGUCCAGUCAAACGGACUAACAACGCUGAAAGGAAACGCCUUCCAUAACUUGGUAACGGUCGACGCCUUCAUCUGACCGCUGUGACAGCUACGCACGCGUUAUGGUACAUGGAUCGCGUGCUAUUGGUUUGAACGUCGUCAUAAACCCUGUACGUCAACUGUGCGUGAAACACUCUCGGGACCGCGCAUCUUGCCACACGCGGGAUGGUUGGACUUGUAAUUACCCUGGUUUCUCCCGAUGUCAUGCACUGAAAAGACCUGGAAUGGGUAAUCUCUAAGACGGUUUUAACGGAAUGCCCGAAGCUGCACCAGUCUGUACAACGAUGGCGGGGGAACAGGUGUUAGAGCCAGCAUGCAACACACGACCACCCCCGGAACUAUGCCGUUUGGACUCUUUCAACUCCGAGUUCGAGUCAGAGACCGACUCGCUGAACAACAGUUACGGCAGCGCCAUGUCCGUGAGCGGCAAUGGCAGCUGGGCUGCCUGGAAUCUUCCAUUUAGAAGUCCCAGAAAAUCUGAGGACGAAGAUUGGCCGAAGAAAAGGAGAUCAACCUUCUUGAGUAAAUGGCUCGACACGUCAGGGGGAGAGCUGGAACUGCCCGAGGUAGGUGUACGCCUUAACGUUCCCAUGGGAGCAGUGCCCGAAGGCGAGACAAUACAAGUUUAUCUCGGCUUAAGUUGGCACAAGGACUACCGCCCAGUUUUAUCAGACUUGGCGGAAUCCCUUCUCAGCCCCACCGUUUACUUCGGACCUCACUUCGGCAAGCUGAACCUGCCCGCCACCCUCGUGUUCCCACACUCAGCUCUGGUGGAAGAAGACGAGGAGGGAGAGGGAGGGUGGAAGUACAGGGUCUGUUACAAUGAAGGCAUCAUCUUUAACACACAAGAGCCUGAGUGGUUCGAUACAGUGGGAGGUGAGGAAGAGAUCAGACCUGACGUGGACCAGGGAACAGUCAGCAUGCAGACAAGAGUUCCAGGUGCCUAUGUCCUGUUGGGAAGAGAAGAGAACGAUGACGUCCUGAUCUGUAAGAGAGUGAAGAUCAUCGCGUAUCUUCACCUCAUCAGGGCCAAAGGCAUGGUCAAGGUCAAAGUGUACUGCACUGAUGCCGUCCCGGGAGUCGUGCAGGUGUUGGAAAAGAAGGAGGCGACACGUGGUACGCUGGUUUCCAUGACAACCGCCGAUUCGGCCUUCUACAACGACGGGUCCGAGCUGCGCGUGCGCAUUAGGCACAACCUGAAGCACGUGGAAGAACAUAACCCUACCAAACUGAAGAAGGUUAUCAGCUACAAGUCCAUCUGGCACCAGUCAUCUCCGUUCUGUAUCUUCAAGUUCACGGCUAAGGAACAGUCGGAGGUGGAACACCUGCGUCUGGACAUCCGGGCAUUCCAGCACGUGGACGAGGACGCCGACGAUUACGUCAAGAUGACGCUCAGAGUCCCGUCACAGGACUCUGAUGAGGAGGGGACAGUGGUGGGCGACGCUUCUCCUACUGCCAUGCUACAUACACCUGAUCAGCUUCAACAGGACAGCACACCGACAAAACAGGACGAAGAAGAAACGAUGAGUAAUGAAAGAAGCCGCAGUGACCAUGAGGUAUAUACUUCAGAAACAAAGUCUAUAACAGAGUCAAUAAACAAAGUGGAACGCCAAACCACCACUGAAACGAAAAAAGUUACGACGGUUGACAGACAAAGUGAACUUGUAGAUAUCACUUCUAUUUGUAAAGCGGUCGAAGGACUCAACAAUAAGAUCAAGUCGGAUGGAGAGGACACAGGAGACAAUACGAAGGACUCUGACGGACAAUCUGAUAACAGUAAGGACACUGGAUACGCUACCAACCCGGGCGCUAUGAGCCCCAAAUCUACACACAGUACUGACGAGAAUUUCAACAGGUCUUUCACCAGUAGCUUGAGAGUGCAGGGUAUGGAGGGGGUAAGCUAUACCUCCCGGAUGGUGGAUGCCAGGGGUGCGGUACUGCGGCUUCCCAGCUGCGGAGCUGAACUUCUCAUCCCACCGAAGGCGAUCCCCGAUGGCGAGCAGGUUCUCAUCCUGUUGUCUGUGAGCUGGGACACCGCGGACCGUCCGCGCCUGGAGCCCGCCCAAAGUCUGAUCGGACCGGUGGUGCUGUGUGGCCCGUCGGGAGUCCAGCUCCAGAAGGCAGCUACACUAGUGUUCGAACACUGCGGUCUCCUGAACAGUCAGAGCACGCCAGCAGUUCUUGCUUGUGAGGAAAUGUCUAUUCAAAACAAAUCCUGGCGCCUUCUCACCAAUGACGCAGAAAAAGACGACCAGAACGCUGUGAACGUCCGGGCCUGCUUCCUGAAGAACAAGUGUAUUGUACACAUGAACAAGAUCGUGUCCUUCGCGCCGAUAGUGAGGGGAUCUGACCCAGGCAAGACUGUGCGAUUCGUGGCUUUUGGGCCGCAGUUAGGAACAUUUGAAGAUGUCAACAUUCGCGUAUACUGUAUCAACGACACGGCGGAUGCUUUGGAGUGCAUACGGCAGCAGGAGGGCCAGGCAGGCCGGAGACAGUGCGGCGGCCUGUCCAUCAGCUGUAUGUACCCUGGUGACAACUGUUGUGUACAGGCUCAGGACCCCGGUCCAGGAUGGGCCUUCCGCGGGUUAACACAGCAGCAAGUAACGACGGAUUCUGUGUGGCGAAACCAGUUCCCCGUGCGGACCUUUGUUCUGUGCCACACCGACCACAGACUGAAGAACCUCCACUUCAGGAUGCACGCCUACCAGGAACGACGCCCCGACCCCACGGAGAACAGGAUGCACGCCUACCAGGAACGACGCCCCGAUCCCACGGAGAACGCUGCCUUCAAAGGCCGUUACCAAAGUAUUGUUAACCCCAGCCCCAGACGGAAAGUCAGCAAGACUGGUAGUCAGUAUGAGACCAUAGCGUCUUGUUUCGGUAGUGAGGAUAAACUGGCACCCCCGUGUACUGUAGAUGGAAGCGUCCGAGUCAGCCCGACUGCAGUGGUGAGGGGGAUAGGUCCGACGUCCGUGGUGACAUGGCAGUAACAUUAUACAAACCGUCCUAAACCCCUGAUAUUUUAGAAUUGGUAAGCUCCUACAGUGAAAGUUUACAAAAACUGCCAAAAUGAUAGCCUUCUACAAGUAACAAGCUAGGAUAGUUCUACUUCUCUCAUAAUAGAUGUGGAUAUAAAUGUAUGACACAUUCUCUUACUAUACACAAUGUGGCUUAUUGCUGUCUAUGGCAUGUGUAGGCCUUGUUCAUCGGUAGGAAAUGUGUGAGUACUAGAGAGAAUUAACAGCAGCUACUCUCGACGUAAAUAAUAGACUAUGGACAAAAACCACCACAGAGAUGAACACUGUUGCCAACUACUUUUUAUUAGUCAACAACGGCACGAUAUACAACAUUGAACUGUUAAAAUGUACAUCUAUAUGGGUGUCUUCUGUCGCAUCCAUAGUAGUAAAGGCCGACAAAUUAGAACACGCUGUCACCUUAUGAUAGCAAGUUUACUCAGUACAAAUGUAUUGUAGUUCACAAUGUGAGCUCCAGUAAGUGAAAUACUACACGAUACAAAGACCCUUGACGUGUCCCAUGUGAUGUAUAAAAUAAAGUAUUAAAGAAUUCUCAAGUCGCA